AAGCAUCGGAAGUGAAAGAGAAGGCGUUGCCUUUGCGUAGAGUGUAGUGCGCAUAUCCUCGGCCGGAAGGAACGCCUGGUGCGUUCUUCCCCUAUGACCGGAACGAAGGGAGGUGGGAGGAAAGGCAAGCUUCCUGUUCCGAUAGGUAGCGCCAAUCUUAAGCGUUCUCAGGUGUCGCGUUUUCACUGGCUACUAGAAAUAGGAAAAGGGAAGGUAGCAAUCAGUCUUCUAAGGGAGUCAUAGAAAUGGAUAACUUUGUUGAAGAACUGAGACAAGAAAGAAGUUGGCUGUCCACAGAAGAAGAAACAGAGGAUGUGCCUGCAGCCAAUGCUCUGCUCCCAGGAAUUUAUUUGCCUUUACUGCCAAGAUAUUUCCACCAUCCAACAAAUAGGGGUGUGAAACCUUCAGAAUUUCAAAAGGUGAAAGAAGAUUGUUUAUGCUGUAUCCAGGAUGCCCUCUUACAAAGUCAGUGGCAGAGGGCUGCAGAAUUAAUGAUAAGCUAUGUAGAGAUGCUGGAAAAUACAACUGCAAGAAAAAGGGUGGCAGCUCAAGAGGAAAUCUGGAGAAUAGGAACUGAAAUCUUGCAGCAGCAUCCACAGAGUAAUAUAGAAGAGAUCAACUGUUUUGCAGAUCGGAUGAAAAAUUUAGGGGUCAAAAGAUAUUUAAAAAUUUCUCUAGAGCAUACCUUCCACCUUUUGUGCAGCGGGUUUCUGGAUGAGGCCUAUCAGAACUUGAUCUUGGCUGAAAGUUGGCGAUAUGGAGAAGAAACAGUUGCUCAGGAGAAAUUGCUGAAACUCAUUCAAGCUUAUAAGGGGCUGCUGGACUAUUACAUGUGGUUAAAAAAGAAGACAGAGCUGUUGGAGCUGGAUGAAGACAGCUAUGCACAAUCUUCUCUUCAGCAGGAAAUGCACGGCUUGUACCAGCAGGCUAAAGUCAGCCUCAAGGAGAUAAUUAGAAUUCCUGGAGUUUGGGAUCCUUUUGUGAUUUGUUAUGUGGAUUUGCUGGAACAUUACGAGGAGUAUGAAGAAGCACGGGAAGUGCUAAGUGACUCUGCGUAUGAUUCCAGGUUUCCUUCCAACCCUAAUGCUCAUGUCUACUACUACCAGUUCUUAAAGAGAAGAGGGGAAUCAAGGAAAACACAGAUCUCUGCACUGCAGAUCCUGCAUGAGCUUGUUCCUUCCCAUGAACUGAUGCUGGAAUUUUACAAAUUGCUUAAAAAAUCAAAAAAAAGGAAAAAACACAAAUUACAGCUGAAAGUUAUUUUUGCAGCCUUGGAUUUUGCUGCAUGGAAGGAAAAUAUAAAAGCUUGGAGUUACUUGGCAAAGCAGACAGUAGAAAUUCUGCAGAACACUGACAAGCAGUUUCACUGGCUCAGAAAGGAGUGGGAUACCCGAAAGGACUGGUGGCCAGCUUUUCAUUUCAGCCUUUAUUUGGCAAAAAAUAACUGGCAUCAAAACAAAAAACUUGCUUGUGAAAAAGUUCUGAUAGCUGGAAUAUUGUUGGGAAAAGACUGCAAGUACUUCAAGUAUGUCACAAAAGAAGGCUGUAAAGUUCAGAAGAAAAAGUUCCGACAGUUGAAGAAAUUUGUGAAAGAACACAGCUGGGUCAGCUUAAGAUUGACUGAUACCUGAUUAUUGUAGUGUCAAAUCUCUUGAUUUUUUCAAAGGUGUUAGAUGAUUUUGAUGUAUAUAUAAGUCUUCCUGGCAAAUAAUUCUUAUAAAAGACUUAUAUGUAUAAGAAUGUUAUAUAUAUUUUUACAGAGUUCUUUCUAUAAUCCAUUGGUAUGGAUGCAUUGUUCCACUUUGAGUUUAUGUUAAAAUAAAAGUUGAGGCUUUAGACUUUUAUAGGAAACAGACAUGAUCAUUUAUAUUUCCAAGGUUGCACAUACAAUAAAACCAUUCAUUCAU